AUGCUCGGCCUACGCGGCCCCAGCCUUUGAUUGAUCGGUCGGCAGCGGCUGCGACCCUGGGCUGCUGACGGGCGGGGAUGGGGAGCCCGGCGCUGGGAGCGGCGCAGUGAUCAGCUGUGGCGGCCGGUGAGUACCGGUGAGUACCGCGGCAUGGGGCUCCGCAAGAAGAACACCAGGAACCCCCCGGUAUUGAGCCACGAAUUCAUGGUGCAGAACCACGCGGAUAUGGUCUCCUGCGUGGGCAUGUUCUUCGUGCUGGGACUUAUGUUCGAGGGCACGGCCGAGAUGUCGAUCGUGUUCCUCACCCUGCAGCAUGGAGUAGUUGUCCCAGCGGAAGGGCUGCCCUCUGGGUCCAGGACCCUGUACCAUUAUGGGGUCAAAGAUCUGGCCACUGUGUUCUUCUACAUGCUGGUGGCCAUCAUCAUCCAUGCCACCAUUCAGGAGUACGUGUUAGAUAAGCUCAGCAGGAGACUGCAGCUGACCAAAGGCAAACAAAACAAAUUGAAUGAGGCCGGGCAGCUGAGUGUGUUCUAUAUAGUGUCUGGUAUCUGGGGCAUGAUCAUUCUGGCCUCUGAGAACUGCCUGUCAGACCCCACUCUUUUGUGGAAGUCUCAGCCCCACAACAUGAUGACAUUUCAGAUGAAAUUUUUCUACAUCUCACAGUUGGCUUACUGGUUUCAUAGUUUUCCGGAGCUCUACUUCCAGAAAGUCAGGAAGCAAGAUAUCCCGGGUCAACUCAUCUACAUUGGCCUCCACCUCUUCCACAUUGGAGGGGCGUAUCUCUUGUACUUGAACCAUCUGGGCCUGCUGCUUCUGAUGCUGCACUAUGCUGUCGAGCUCCUCUCCAGCGUGUGCAGCCUGCUUUACUUUGGUGAUGAGCGGUACCAGAAAGGGUUGUCUUUGUGGCCUAUCGUGUUUAUAUCCGGGAGACUGGUGACAUUGAUUGUCUCGGUGAUUACAGUAGGGCUUCACUUGGCCGGGACAAAUCGGAAUGGUAAUGCUCUCUCUGGUAAUGUCAAUGUGUUGGCAGCGAAAAUCGCUGUUCUGUCGUCGAGUUGCAGUAUCCAGGUGUACAUAACAUGGACCUUGACUACCGUCUGGCUUCAGAGAUGGUUAGAAGAUGCGAAUCUUCAUGUUUGUGGGAGGAAGAGGCGGUCCAGGUCGAGAAAAGGCACAGAGAAUGGAGUGGAAAAUCCGAAUAGAAUAGAUUCUCCACCAAAGAAGAAAGAGAAAGCUCCUUAAGCAGUUGCAAGCUAAUUGAGUCUUAUCUCCAAGGGAAUCCACUCCUUACUAUGUGGUGUCUCUGUGCUAGAGAUUUUCUGUUCUUCAGAACGGGUCCUGCUUUUUGAAUAAUGCUAUUGUAUUGUCUAAUGUGUUUUUAAGGUUUUGCAGCUGUAUGAGUGGGGGCAGGGAGGAAUUAAGACUAAACCACUCAGCCUCUAAAUACUGUAAGAAUAGUUAACCGACCAACAUCAUAUUUAGUUUAGGUUGUUACCUCAACGAUUUUCCAUACGUUUCGUGGUGAUGGCUGCAGAAUUGUGUGUAUAAAUAAUAAUUUCCUGCUUCCAGCGUUCUUUAUCGCAUUAACAAGACUGAUAGCAAAGUGGUUUUCUCUAUGUUCUCUUGCAGGAUAAAGUGGAAAAUCUGAUAAAGGUUGAACUCAAAUCAGUAUUAUGUAAUCGUUGGGAUUUUUAAAAUUGUUUUAAAUUUACAACGGAAAGUAUUUGUCAAACCACCAAAACUAUGUGUUUAAUUUUAUAAGUAGUGAUUGUUAGUGCUACACCCUAUCGCCCCCAUUAAAGCAUCAAAAUGUGAACAGAUGACACGUGUGGUGAUAUUGACAUUAUUAAAUCAAAAUACCUUUAAUAAAUAUGAUGUUACUGAAGAGGUAAACAACUUCUUCCUGUUUAUUUUAAACACUUGUCCAGGAAAACUCACAAAAUUCAGUAUUACUGAAAAAAAUAAUCUUAUCUACUCUUAAUAUUUAUUAAGAAUGGUUUUCACAGAUUCAUAAAUUCGGUGAAAGCAGUGUAUCAGAAGAACAUUAUUUAAUAUAUAAACAAUUUUAAAAAUAAUGCUAUGGAUAAACUUGUAUAUACAUAUACACUGUUUAAAUAAUAUAUAUUAUGAAUACAUAUUUGUGUGUGUGUGUGUGUGUGUGACAGCUAGUUAUAUCUGGGGAAUAUUUGACAUAUUAAAUUCCAU